CUUCUCUCCUUUCCCAUUUGCUUACAUUUUUUUUGAGUUUUGUUCUUCUGUUGCUCUGUUUCUUGUUUUUCUACUCCUUUUUAGGCUUUUGAUUUCUGGGUCUUAGUCUUUGGAUCUAAAAUCCAUUAAAGAUCCAACCUUUUCUGUUCUGGGUUUUUUAAUCUUUCUUGUUAAAAUCCAUUAAAGAUCCAAGCUUUUCUGUUCUGGGUUUUAAGUCUUUGUGGCUCAAAUCCAUUAAAGAUCCAAUCUUUUCUCUAUUUCUUCUCCUUUUAAGCUCUGUUCUCUGGGUUUUUAGUCUUGGUGGCUGAAACCCAUUAAAGAUCCAAACUUUUUUAUAAACAAAUUUGUUAAGCAAUAUUUCUGUUUCUUUUGUUGUGAAAAGGAAAAAAGUUAAUGCUAAAUAGAAAUUUUUAUUGAUGUACCAGAUUCAUGUCUCCAGUUCUUAGUGAAAUCCUUCGUUCUGGUUAUAUAAUCAGUUCAUCACUUAGACGCAGAACUCAUCUUGUUCAAUCUUUCUCUGUUUGUUUCCUCUAUUGGUUUUAUGUUUUCUCAGAAUUCAUCAUCACCCCUUAAAAAUCUUGAUCCAUAGUUAAUUAGUAGUACUACUUUUUUUAAUUUUCUAGCAUACCUUAAAUAUUACAACUUUUUUUUAAUUUUGUGUACAUAUAGAAAAAAAUAUGGCUAGUUCUAGUGGUAAUUCAGGUUGUGAUGAGGUUUUAAUGGUGGUUGAUGAAAGGAAAAGAAAGAGAAUGCAAUCAAAUCGUGAAUCAGCAAGAAGAUCAAGAAUGAGAAAACAGAAACAUCUUGAUGAAUUAGUAUGUCAAGUAACACAACUCAAGAAGGAAAACAGCAACAUCCUCAGCAGCAUCAACAUGACAACACAGCAAUAUGCUAAGGUUGAAGCAGAAAACUCUGUUUUAAGAGCACAAAUGAUGGAAUUAAGUCAAAGGUUGCAAUCUCUUAAUGAAAUCCUCAGUUACAUCAAUAAUUCAAACAUGAAUAACAACAACAUUAUUAAUCAUCAAGAGGACUUUCAGAUUAAUCCAUGGAAUUUGAUGUAUGUUAAUCAGCCAAUUAUGGCUUCUGCUGAUAUGCUAUAUCAGUAUUAAUCUUCAGUUAAUGAUUGUUGUUGUUUGUUGGGAUUAUCAUUGGAAUUUUGAAGGGUUAUUUUAUUAGUGUCUUUUUUAUUAUUUAAGAAGUAUUAGUAGUAAGAUUAUGAGUAAUUAGAAUGAGUUUUAAUAUGAAAUGUAAGCAGUCAAAGAGGAUGAUUUGACUGGUAUUUGGGCAUGUAAAAAAAAUGGGAUCAUGUGAUGAUAUAUUGGAAUGAAUGGUUGUUAUUGUAUUGUGUUUUUUUCUUUCUAUUUUUAAUAAAAUACAAGUUUUUUCUA